UAUAAUAAAUCCACUUUUGGCGCGGGGUUUCUUCUCGUGUAUGCAUGCAUGCAAACAAAUAUUUCAUAUUCGCUUUACUCCGGAGUUCACCAUCGGUUGCUCCAUGCAGGUCACACACUUCAAUGUAUGGUACUUAUAAAUCACCAUGGUAACGUAGGUCUAGUGCAGAAUAAUAAAAACUUAAUCUUUCUAAAUGCCUCAAUUCUUGGAUCCGAUUUCUACCAGCAUUUGUUUGAGAUAGACAAGAGUUAGUUAGAGUUCGCGCUCUCGGUGGAUAUAUUUGAUACCUUCGCACCGGGCCGAAUUAACCUGUUCAUAAUGAUUUGUUUUAAAAUCCUAUCAAAUAUAAAGUAACAUUUCUCGAAGGAGGUCUCAUCAUCUUCGAAAUCGAAAUUAUAAACUCAUAGUAAUACGACAGGAAGGAAAGGAAUUCAGACAGAGUGGUAAAAUGGCUGUUAUAGGAGCUCAUAUAUCUCUCCAAGUUUCCGCUUUGGAAGUGUAGUUCCGGACGAGUUUUAAACUUCAAAGGCCUAGGCUAUAUUGUUAUAUACUUGUUGGAGAUCACACGUUACUUAAACCAUUGUUAUAUGAGGGAAAGUGAGGAAGUGGUUCAUCCCUUGUAACUAGAUCAACAAAAUCCAUCGACUUAAAUCGCUCUUUGUACUGAACUGUUUCGGUAGAUGAAUAUAUUUAAAGAGAAGCUCGAUCGGCCGAAUUUUAGCCUAUGGAUAUUUUCUCUCUCUCCAAUCUUGUGGUGCAGACAUAUUCAUCUAUACUUGAGUUGCCAUUAGUAUCGGAAGCGACAAGUUAACCUAUUCAACUUUUAAUAUGCCUUUAAAAGUUCAUCAACAGUAGGAAUCAAAAUUGAUUGAGAGAGAUUAAUAAGGUCAUUGGAAGGCUAUUCUACCUGUUACUUCUGUUCAUUAUUUUAUUCAACUGGUGUCCUAUUUUAUAUAUACUAGCUUCAUAUUGGCAUGCGUUUUAUUUGCUCUUCUUCACUCAGAAUAGUAUUGACUUUAUGGGACUGGGAACAGAUGGGAAAAAAUACAAUCAAAGUGGUGCUCAAAGAGCGAUUACCAGAGAAAUUGAAACUGGGUUUGUAUUAUUCGGGAUGUUUAUUUUAUGAAUUCUAAUUGUGUGUGACUCACAUAUCCAAAUAUGGUUAAAAAAUAAUUAUUGAAGGUCGGCUCGGACGGAAGGUAUAAUACCGAAUUGAAUGGAAUUAUUUCAUACACCGAAUCCAUACAUAAGCGGAACUUUGAGGGGAAAUUUGUGAACCCGGAUGUGCUCCAUUGAACAACUACAAACCCUUUCGAGUCUUGAUCAUUGCACGGAAAAGUUUGACUGCGUGAAGUUGGUUGGAUCGUAAUCAUAUCUGAAUCAAGAAGUGGUGGUUACAUUAAUGUCAGAUAAUUAUAACACAUGACUGUCAAAGAUGACUACAGCAAUGACAGCAAUGAAUGACUCUUCGACAAUGUCGACAACGCUCUCAACAUCGACGUCGUUUGUGUCAGAGACAAUGGAAUAUACCGAAUGGAACGGAUCUUCAUAUGAUAUGACUAUGAAUAUGACAACGAUUGCGACAACGAAAAAACAGCUUGUAUCGGAUGCAGAAGCUCUUGUGAUGAGUGUGUUCCUGAAUGUCAUAGCGUUGUUGGGAAUCGUUGGAAAUUCAUUAGUUAUCAUGAGUGUUGUGUUCUGUCGAAAGUUACAAACAGCAACCAAUGUGUUCAUUAUAGCUCUUAGUGUGACUGAUCUCUUGGUCUGUAUUACACUACCAUUUCAGACGUUUGCUUUAACUUCAACAGAUGGCUGGCCCUUACCAGACUGGCUAUGUGCCUCUAUUGGUGGUAUAACAAGUAUCUGCUUUGGGGCUAGUGUUCUGCUACUCGUUCUAAUCGCCAUCAACAGAUAUUUCGUCAUCACCAGACCUCGUAGCACUUGUCGACGAUUCUAUAAACCUCGUAACCUUUUUCUCAUGGUGUCCUCAACCUACCUAUACACUUUCAUAAUGUUCGCUGUCCUACCGAUAGUUGAUAUCGGGAAGUUAGGUUAUUCGGAAUCCUAUCGUAUCUGUUCAUGGGAUGACGAACACGAACUCUCUGAAGUCAACGACAUCAUCGUAGGGCUGACAUUCAGCGUAUCGUUCGUCAUCAUCGUCGUCUGCUACGUCCGAAUAUUUCUUUUCAUCAAGAAGCAUCACCGUGCCAUGCUCUCUCAUAGAUCACCAAGUGAAGGAAACGUCGGGAUGGAGAAUGACUCUACUAGCGCAGAUCAAACUGAGACCCAACUACCCUCUACCCCUUCCUCGGUACCUCAUAAAAGUCAUAAUGCAGUAAGUUCUAACAUUACAGAAGGACGAAAGACAUCAGGUAUCCAGACUGUAGUCAACAGACGAGAGGUGGAGAUCACCAAGAACCUUUUAAUGGUCAUUGUAUCAUUUUUCCUGUGCAUCGCACCUUACAGUAUCUCCUUGCUGUUACCUGAAGGUCUGUCCCUAUCUAUAUUUACCGGGAUACUCCUUAUGGCCAAUGCUUGCAUCAAUCCAAUUAUAUAUUCCUUCAAACAUCCUACAUUUAAAGUUGUCAUCCGAUGUGUUUUCUGCUGUAGGUAUGCAGACAUUCCAAAGCCUUCACCGACAUUAAAGAAACUCUUAAACUUGGGACGUAAAACAACUUAAGAACCUAUUUAAGUGAUUGUAUUUGUGUUGUAAUUUUAUUGUAAUCCAAAUCAACUUUGACCAAUCACGUGGCAUUAAUAGUUUAAUUAUGAUAAUAAUAUGCAACAUUUAUAUAGCGCUUAAUACAAAUGUUUCUAAGCGCUGCAUACUAUUACCCCGGCUUUAGCAUAAUUAUAUUGUAAAGGAUAACCUACAUAAUGUAAUUAACAUUUUGAAUGAUGAUUAAAAAAAUGAAAGACAUGUAAAUCGUACAGCAUUAUCAUGAUUAUUCAUGAUUAUGUUGCAGUCCUUCAGCAUGACGUACAUUAUCAGAGUACAGUCACGUGACUGAUUUAUUGAAGACAUAUGUUUUAAAACAUUGAUGUACCCUUGCUUAUACUGAAGUCUUUCAUUGUCUUUGGUGAUAGUUAUAGCUUAACAUUAAAUAAGGGAAGUGUGACUUCGCUGUGUGAUCUUGGUGAUACAGACGUCUUUGGACAAAACCAAAUUCACAUGCAUUAAUGUUUGAAAGGAAAAGCUUAAGAUGUUUGGAAGAAACCGAGAAAAAAUUAAUGAAAGAUGUAUUAUAUGUGAUAAAUGAAUUUCAAUUAGUAUGGAUUGAGAGACAUUCUCCGAUGUGAUGAAUGAAAUGGAAAAGCCGAAAGCAUUAGAGGAUAAUGGUAAUUUAUUUGCUUUCUAUAUGAUUAUUUUCUUUCGUAAAGUAUCCCUUUGUUCCAGAAAUUCUUUCAGUGUAGGUUGGUUAUUAGUUUUUCUUUCUGGGAAUCCAUCAUUCUCAAUCUCUAUUAAACUUUUUUUUUCUAACAAUCAUAAACGAUACAAACAUGGUGGAUGAACAAGACUCUCUAUCAUGGAAAUUGUAUUCCCGUUGAUGGGGUGGUCAAUUUGUUUUAUCAGCUCUUAAGCAACGUUGGGUCCUCAUGAUUUUUUAAAAUUUAUUAAUGCUGCCUAUCAAACAGCUGGGAUUUAUUCCUGAACUUAUGUUGCAAAUCGUUUACCUCAUUUUAGAAUCAAACGAAAUAAUAUAGUGUUUCAGACUUCUUAACCGUAAGUAAACAAAUUAUGCCAUUACAAGAUCUCGCAUCCUGGAUGUUGCAAUGUUGAACUUAGUAAAUAAAGUUUACCCUAAACAUACACUUAUAAAAAGGCAUGGGUUUCCAUUCCAUUAUGUCGAUAUUAUCUUGUAGAAUAAGAUAAACAAAAAAGAGGCCUUACAGAUACGUUCAUAUAAUUAACAGGAUAGAAUUUGAUCGGUACACAUGUAUAUUGGCCAUAGUGUUUCAUGCAGAUGAUCGUAUAUAAUACUACCGACCUUACACUCGAAAAAAAAUGUUGAAUAAACAUUUGAAAAUUUGUAGGAGUGACAACCUUUUCUAAUUGUUGCAUUUACCAGUUUUAAGUUGUUGGAUACAGCUUCAUGCAAGGUUGGAUAUAACAUUUGGAAAAGGUUGUGACUCCUCUAACCUUUCAAUUACUGAUGUAACAUUUCAUUUUAAAUGAGAUUACAAAUCAUUCUCAUUCCCAUCAACACGGUCAACUAACGUUGAUAUCAAUCUUUGUAGAGUAAAAUAAUCAUUUUAAACAAGCACAUAUUAAUGAAUAAUUCAAUAUUUAUCAAAGUUUGAUAUGGUUUAUAAUUAUUGGAAAUACACUCUCAUCAUGAUAUCAAAAAAGGGGAAAACAUAAUAUCAAUCUCAUUAAGCACAAGAAAGGACCCUUAGUCGUAUUUAAAAUCCUGCAUAAUUGCCACAGGUUGUUGUAGGAGUAUAACCAACGGUAGAGCAAUAUAUUAUAUAUGUUUUUGAUUUUUCACUCAAAAUAAUUAAAUUGGUACUUAGACAAGAUAAUUGCCAAACUUUGGAUACAUAAUACCAACGUUCUACCCAAUUAUUUUUUUUUUUUCAAGAGAGUAUACGGAGAUGUUGCCAUCAACUAUGACUACUGUGUGCCUCUCUGUAUCCGGUCCCAGGACGGCCAUAUGUGACGGACAUAAGAUAUACUUUACUUGUGCAUACAAUCAUGUAGAUUUAUCAUUAUUGGGUGGCAUCCACGUUGGGAUAUUGAGAACUUGGUAAAGUGGCGGGGAUGAUUAUUUCAAUAUUGAUUCGUUCAAUUCGUUUUCACUUCUCAUAAGAAGUCAGUAUAAUUGCAUUCUUUUUCAUUCUCGUUACAUUGCGUCGGUUCAUUGCAAAACAUAAAAUGAACGUUAUUGCGACGAUUAAUUAGCGUGUUUUUUAAUAAUUUAUAAAAGAUAUUUAUGUAGUCUUUAAACAGGGAUGAUAUAAGUGUGAAUGAAUACAUGGUAUAACAAAAUAUGAUAAAAUAUGAAGCAUUAAAUACUGUCAUACUGAAGCUUAUCGACGUACAAAAAUCCCCUGGCUGCUAUUAUUUCAAGCUUUCAGCUUACGAUAGCUGGCCUCUGCAUUUUAAAGUUAUUUGUUAUUGUUUACAUGAAUUAUGUCUAUAUUUACUUAACUACGAUUAUUGUCACCUUUGUAAUUUGAUCAUUAUGUAUGUUUGAUGUUAUAUAAUUGUUAUAAAUUUGUAAUUUUGAUUUAUUAAUGAAUGCAGAAAUACCUGCUUAAAAAAGAAAAAAAACUAAACACGUUUAUUGUUGCGUUCGAAGAACUGAUGAUACAUGAAAACCGGUUUGUAGUGUAUAUUAUACAUUAUUGUUUAUAGUAUACAUGUACAUCAUGUUAAUAAUACUGAAAGACUUCAUGUCUUUACUUCGAGAAAUUACCGUUAUGGUGUUCAUAUACAUAAUUGUUAUUGCUUUCUUAUCUGGAAUAAAGAACAUAUUUUACUUCAA